UGGUCUAGACGCGCCGUGCGAGGUUCAUAACCAUAGUUCAUAACGCACUCCUGCCUGAGUGACAAGUCGUGCAUUGACAUUGACUGACAUAUGUCAUUUGUUAUAACUAACCUCCUAAACAUUUGUGUUGUGAAUUUCUCAAAAAUAAAAUGUAAAUAAAAAUGGUUGAAAUUCGAAAUAUUUUAUUGUUUUUUAGCUCAACGAUACUUUUUCUGAAAAUCAAUGCGGAAUGUCUUAGAGCAAAUCCUUGUUUUUGUCAAAUAAACGAAAACGAAAAAAUAGAUAUAUCAAGAGUUUUAGAGGAAGUGACAUACCUUAAUGACACAAUAGGAAAAACAACAUAUACCUUUUUAGGUUGUAAAGAUGUUAAUUAUACUUAUCCAUAUCCAAAUAGCACAACUAUCGGACCAGGCGUUCUCCUGCGGGGAAUUUUGGAAAACGAUACUAUCAUCAAUUCUACUAUUUUGGGAACUGCCAAUCAAAUAAAAUUUACUAAAGAUGACAAAAAUUAUUUGAUAACCUUUGUUAAUGGUUCUGAUACCAAAAACAUUCAGCCUUCAAUAACUUUACUAUGUGAUAAUAUUAAUCAACCUUUUCUUAAACUUAUAGAUGAUUUAAAUAAGAGCUUGGUAUUAUCAUCUCCGAGAGUUUGCAUACUUACAGAACAUCAUGGUAUGAGUGGAGGAUCUGUAUUUUUGUUGAUCCUAUUCAUUGUUGCUUCAAUUUACAUCAUUGGAGGUGCAGCACUAUUGUACUUCAUCAGAGGAGCUAGGGGAGUUGAGAUGAUUCCAAAUAUAGAAUUUUGGAAAAAUUUACCUGGUCUUGUUAAGGAUGGGGCAAUAUUUUUAUUGUCAGGCUGCAGACCAAAUUUUGUUACAACAGCAGAAACUUAUGAUAGAAUAUGAUUGAUAUAAAUUUUAGGUUUAGUUGUUAAGUCUUGGACUGAAUAAUUUUUGUUGUUACUUUUUUAAACUGAAGAAAAUUGAACUUAUUUUAAUUUAUUUGUAGGGGGCUAAUUUUCUUGCAUUAUAAUAUAUCAAUAACAGCAAUUUGACAUUGUUCGGGAACAGAUCGUUCUGUCCCAGUUGCUCUGAUUUUAAAAUAUUUGCAACUAGUGUCCUUUCAUAAAACAGUCAAAGUCAAAUCAAAUCACUAUUCUUUUUAGUUAAAAUUUCUGUAUUUAUUCAUAAUAUGCUAAUCAGUCUUGGGUACAAAAAUAAUAAUGAGUUUUCAAUAAUUGUAUUUUUGUAUAGAGGUGGUCUAUUAAGUAAUCUUUUGAUCGAUGACUGACUAUGUACAUGCCCACCCCUGUCUUUAUUCUAAUCAGAUGUUUGUCUCAAAUUUGUAAGCCACCAUAAAAAUUAUUUUACGGAUAAUUUUUAAAAAAUCGUAUAUCGUAUAUAGCAAAAAUGUUUCAGAUUUUUAGAACCGUGUUUUUGUAAUUUUCCAUUCAUACAAAAAAAAAUAUUUCAAAAUUAAAGAUUUGUAAUUUUUUAAUUCGUCAAUAUGUAUAAAUUUGAUGUAAAUACAUUUAAUAUAUAUGUGUUUCUGAA